AUGCUCACGAGGUCGCUCUUUUUACACGCGAAAAGGACGAGCACACCUACCGUUACGUCCGCUUCUUCUUCUGCUUCUUCUCGUUUGCCCCUGUUGUUCUCUUCUCGAAAGCAACGAAAGUCGUCUGUAUCGUCGUCAAAGUCUCGGAGGAGAUUACUCGUCGCGAAGUCGUCGUCGUCGUCAACCAAAGUCCAAACGACGAGAGAAGUGGAAAGCAACAACAACAACGAGAACAACAACAAGAAAAUGAAGGACAACAACGCGAAACUCGCCGCACUGCGCCUGGAAAUGAAUAAACGAAACAUUUCCGCCGUUCUGAUUCCAUCGCAAGACCCGCACUUCAGCGAGUACGUUUCCAAAUGUUUCGAGAGGAGGAAGUACAUCUCCAACUUUACCGGUUCAGCUGGGACGUGUUUGGUGACGAAAACGAGCGCGAUGUUAUGGACGGACGGGAGGUAUUUUUUACAAGCCGAGCAAGAGUUGGAUUCUCCGGCGUGGCAGCUGAUGAAACAAGGCGAGAAGGACGUGCCGUCCGUGCAGAAAUGGUUGAGAGAGAAUAUGGAGAGUGGGGCGGCGCUCGCCGUGGACGCGAACGUGCACUCGGUCGCCGAGGCGAGGCAGUUGGAGGAGUUGAUGAGGAAGAAGAAUGCCGGGGGAAGAGGAGAAGGAGGCGACGGUAAGCUGGUUAAAGUUGAGAAGAAUUUAGUGGAUUUGGUGUGGGAGAACGAAGAAGGCGAAGAGAAACGACCUGGGAUGCCAAAGGCGAUGUUGAGGGUGCACGCGAUGAAAUACGCGGGAAAAUCAGCCAAGGAUAAAUUGACGGAUAUCAGGAAAGAGAUGGCAAAGGAGAAGCAGGAAUGUUUGGUAGUUUCCGCGUUGGACGAUAUCAUGUGGUUGGUCAACGUGAGAGGUGGCGACGCGGAGUGUAAUCCGGUGUGCUUGUCACACGUGUUGGUGACGGAGAAAGAGGCGUUUAUGUUCGUGGACAGAGAUAAGGUGAACGAGGAGGUUGCGCAACAUUUGAAAGAGUCUGGGGUGGAAGUGAAGCCGUACGAAGACGUUGGGAAGUGUUUGCGAGAGAUGGCGGAGAAAGGCACGAAAAUUUGGAUCGACGAGGAUAAGGUUUCCGUGAAUACGUACGACGAGGCAAUGAAAGGUAUCAAAGCGGCUGAGAAUAAUAUCGAUGAGAGUCGUCCGGCGAAAGUGGCUAAAAGCGAUAACAGCGGCGGUGGUAACGAUAGCAACCAACAAAUUAAGUUAGGCGUUAGUCCAAUUCCAAUGGCCAAAGCGAUCAAGAACGAAGCAGAGUUGGAAGGCAUGCGCGAGGCGCACUUGAUGGAUGGCGUGGCCAUGAGCGAGUUGUGGUGGUGGCUCGAGAAACAGGCGGGAGAAGGUAACAAAGAUUUGAACGAAUUCAACGUCGGCGAGAAAGUUUCCUCCUUACGCGCCGAGCAAAACGGGUACGUCGAAGAAUCGUUCCCGAGCAUCGUCGGUGAAGGUCCUCACGGUGCAGUCGUGCAUUACCGAGCCACGGAAGAGUCGGCGAGAAAAAUUACAAAAGAUUCCAUGGUCUUGUUAGAUUCCGGAGGACAGUUUCUGUGCGGCACGACGGACGUGACGAGGACGCACCAUCUCGGAACACCUUCUGCGUACGAAACGAUGUGUUACACGAGAGUAUUGAAAGGCCACAUCGCGUUAGAUUCGGCGACGUUUCCGGUGGGUACUCCUGGCAUGGCUCUCGAUACGUUCGCGAGACAACACUUAUGGUCCGCCGGAUUAGAUUACAGACACGGCACCGGGCAUGGCGUCGGCGCCGCGUUGAACGUACACGAAGGCCCGCAAAGUAUCUCUCCGCGGUGGGGGAACACGACGCCUAUUAAAGAUGGGAUGAUUGUCUCCAACGAACCGGGGUACUACGAAGACGGUCAGUUUGGCAUUCGAAUUGAAAAUCUUCUCAUUUGCCGCGAGGCGAAAACUGAACACAACUUCCAAGGGAAAGGCUACUUGAGCUUUGAGUGCUUGACGUUUAUUCCGAUCCAAACCAAAUUGAUGGACUUGAAGAUCAUGUCUGAUGAUGAAAUCGCGUGGGUGAACAGAUAUCACGAACAAGUCUGGGAGAAAAUAAGCCCGAGAGUGCAGAAGGAGGAAGUCAAGGAGUGGCUUCAAAAGGCGACGGCGAAAAUUUCUCGCGAAUAA